AUGUCAGGCGCCGAAGCAGUGCUCGGCGCCGUAGCCAGCGGCGCAGGUCUGAUGUCGCUCUCUAUGGACCUACUGGACUCGGCGCAGAAGUUGAACAAGUUCUUCCACAACGUCCGCGACGCUCCGCAAACGGUCAAGGAUCUAGCUUUCGAUCUCGAGACGCUAUCAUUAGCUAUGCAAGACCUCGAGCGGCACAGACAGCAAGAUAAACACGACUCCAGGCUGCUUGAUCGCUGCCUCGUGCGCAUACGUAGUUCCACCUCCGCGAUCAGUCGGACGCUAGAUGAGAUGAACAAGCGGCUCCAACAGCGUCCCAAGAUUGGAAGAAUGUACGCUGCUUUCAAGGAAGAGGAUCUCGAGGACCUUCUUGAUAAGCUUGAGCGGGCGAAGACAUCUCUGAUGUUCGCUUCUAACAUGUAUUGGCAGUCGCGGAACGGGUCGAGAGCUGAGAGUCAUGCACAACAGCAGCAGGCGUAUAUGCUGCAACUAAUGAGUCUUCAGACGCAAACGUUGCAGUCUUUUCAGACGCUGCAUGCCACUGCUACGAUUCAGCUGAACAGCGCGAGUUGCGAGUCUGCCAGCGCCGCUACUGGCGGCCUCGUUCGUACCACUUCUGGUUGCGAAGCCCGUGACGGCACGAUCAAAAGACGAAAACGCGUUGCACCGAAAGACACAGCAUGGAAAGCAAGCUAUCGCAUUGACCUGAGCUUUAUGCGGUCCCUGGGCCUGACUGGCCGUAUCUGGAACAUUGCCAUGUCGCACGCGGCGUGCGGCUUCAACUUCAACCUCACUUCGGUCACCGUACGCGGUCAGGAUGCUAAAAUCUUUAGGCGACUUGAGCACGGUGACAUUAUGGGCGUACAGGAGCUUCUGUCGAACGGCCAAGCGUCUUUGCAUGACGUUCAACCAAAUGGCCGGAAUUUGCUAGAAGUGCGUUUGAUGCCUUACAUGAUUGUCCUGCACUGA